GUGUUGUCAUGGCAUCCGGCCAUUUCACGGGUCCACGACGGUGCGCGAUAGAAUCGGUCCACCACUCCCGUACCCCGAUCGAACACCUGAGACCGUGCCCUCCCUCGUCGCCGCCGCCGCCGCCGCCGCUGCCCCACGCCGGAGAAGAUGGCCGAGAAGCCGGCGGGGCCCACCCCCAGAACGAGGGCCCGAGGUGGCCUCGCCUCCUCGGCGCCCUCCUCCAGAAGGUUGUCUUCGAUCUCGUACACCGCAACCCUGAAUCAGACUAAGAAGGUUCCUGACCCAAAGGUUGUGAGGACAACGAGAGCCACUCCUGCGAAGAAGCGGCCACAAGUGGAUCAAGCACAGAAGCGGAGAGAAGAGCUUGCUGCUCUGCAGGAGCAGCUUAGUGGCCUGCAAAGGAAGUUGCUUGAGAAAGAUGAAGCUCUGAGAUCCGCGGAGAAUUUGAUUGGCCGAAUCAGUGCAGCGAAUGAAGCAGUUGAUGAAUUGAGGGGCCAGCUUUCCGAGAAGGAAUCGCUGAUCGAAUAUACUGGUUCGGAGCUGCAUGGUGCAAAGGUUAUGCUAGCAGAGAAGCAGGCAGCACUGGAGAAGUUAGAAUGGGAGGCGAAGGUGUCGAAUACAAAGGUGGAAGAACUCCAAGUAGAUGUAGCAUCUAUGGAUGUCGAAGUUUCUGCUCUCAUGAAGUUGUUUAGGAAAAUAACAGAGAAUGACCAAGCCCCUUACCCCAGGGAUAGAAAAGACGACUCAUCUCUGGAAUGUGAGCCAAUUCAACUUGAUGACACGGUUGGUGAUUUUGACACCGAGAAGAUGGAGCAGGAAAUGUCGGCCUACAUCUCGGCUCUAGCUGCAGCGAAAGAGAACCCUACUGACGAGUUCCUGAAAGCAGUAACUGAGGCAAGAUUAAGACUUCAGGCUUUUGUACUCUAACCAGAUUCCGAAGGAGCAGACUUCAUACGCUCGUUGGUCGCUGUAUUUUGCCGGUGCCUCGCAUCCCUGCUGACAGUGCUCGCUCAGGGUCUUGCAUUGCAGAGGAUUCAUGUCUGUGUUCUCUCAUUUUGGAUCUAAUUUGAGCUUGUCGUAACUUAACGCUAUGUACCGUGGUGUACGUGGCCGAACCUCUUGAUAGAUGUCAUCAUGUACCUUUUUAGUAGUGAACUUACAAGAUGGUUCAGCUUGUCUUGUUGACCUAAAAAAAUCCUUUUUUU